AUUAUAAAAAAAGCUUUAUUAAUUAAUUUUAAAUUGAAAUUUUUAAAUACGAUACGAUAUUAUUUACUUUUUUAUAAUUUAUUUUUUAAUUUGGUAUUUAAAAGCUUAUAUAUAAAAGACCGUAUUAUUAUUAAAUUUAACAAGUUAAUAUAUAAAAUUAAACGAAUUAUUAAUUAUUAA